AUGUUACAAAAGAGAAUCCCCAAAACAGUUGGCAAAGUGAAAGAUGAUUCCAACAAUUUUUUUAUUAUAUCUGGAACACUUGAUGAACUUGUUAUAUUUGGAACAUCCGAUGGAAACAAUUCAAACAAAUCCUAUCACUUCAGUUCGGAUGAGCUAGAUUAUGAUACUUUUGUUGAAAUAAAAAAGAAAAUCAACUAUACUUAUGAUUGGUUUACGAGACCAGGAAUUAAGAAAUCUUUAUUAAGUUACCAAUACACUGAUGUUUCAAGUUUAUUGUUAGAAUAUCGUGAUAUUUCAUUGAAUUAUAUAUUUUUAUUUGAACAAAAUGUGACAAUUGAAAUUUCUUCAAUAAUCGAACCAGAAUCAUUAAAUAUUAUUUUCGAUACUAUCAAAAAUGAAUUUGUUCCAUAUCAUUUAUCAAAUGAUAAUAUUGCAAGCGAAGAUUUUAGAAAAUACAAGCCAUUAUUGAGAAAAUGGCAAAAGGAUCUUGACGAUAAUCAAGAAGAUUUAAUUCUAGAAAUGUUUGAGUCAAUGCAAGGUUUAAAAGAAGAUUUCUUUGUACAUGAAGUUUUUGAACCUUUAACUAAUAUCUUGAAAGUAUCUGUACAUAGGAAAUGUAAAUUUGACCUUAUAUUACAAGAACAAAAAGUUGAUUUUUCAGUAUAUUUACCUAUUAAAGGUAAUGAAAUGAAGGAUAUAAUUGACAAAUGUAUUGAUGAUGGAGUAAAAAGUAAUGAUUUAAUAAUUUAUAACUUAUUGAUAGAAG